AUAUACACAACACAAAUAAACACUCCCAUGAAUUCAUUUUUGUUCAUCAAACAAGAAAAUAAAGAAAAUUCCUUCAGAUUCUUGUUUCCAUUUUCACUUUAAUCUUCUCUUCUCUUCUCUUCUUCGUUCUUCCUCCAUUCCAGAGCUUAAUCCAAUUUAUCCUCCGCUUUUUCUGUCUUCAUCUACUGCUCGGAACAAUCUGUUGUAUUUAUGCCAAUUUUUUAGUGAAGAGAAAUGGAAUCAAACUGGCUUGGUACGCUUUUGAAUACGAAAUUCUACACUUCUUGCGAUCUGCAUCCUAAUCUCUGGCGAAAUAAGAAAAGUAGAUUCUGUAUUGAUUGUAGUGUUAGCUUCUGCAAGAAUUGUACAAUCCACGAUCUUCAUCGGCAGGUUAACAUCUGGAAAUAUGUGUAUCGUGAAGUUGUGCGUGUUCAGGACAUGGAGAAAUACUUUUGCUGUUCAGAGAUUCAUCCAUAUAAAGUAAAUGGUAAACUAGCUGUUCAUAUAAACUCAUGUGGUCAAUCUGUCGACACCAAAUCGCCGAAGAGGAAGUCCAGUAAUCCUUGUGAAGAAUGUGGCAAACAUAUACAUGAUCCUCACCGCUUCUGUUCAAUUGCUUGCAAGGUUUGUGUGAACUCAAAGAUCAAGGACCACAGUGUUGGAACCGUCGUAUCUCUGAGCCAGGAUUCCGGUAACUUAUCGUUCAAGGACAACAAAAGAAGCCCAGAAACAAAUGCAAGUGAAUUGGAAUCAACCAUAUCAAUUGCAGAGUCCAUGGAAGAGACCAAAACUAGCACUUCAUCUUUACAACCAAGAAAACGAAGAGUAAAGAGCAUCCCUCACAGAGCUCCAUUUUUCUGAUAAGAUGAAGAUGCAACAUUUUGCCGUCUUCAUUUUAACUUCCCUUGUGGCUCUCAAAUGGUAUGCUGCUUAAUUUUUAUUACUUCGACUCAUAAUUCAUAGAAUGCCUAGCAGUGAAGUGAAGUGAUCAAUAUAAAAUUCAUGAUCAAAAUGCUCCUAAACCCCCACUUCUGCAAUCUCUCUACUGCAUGAUUUUGGAAUUUCUUUUAGCAGUUUUGACAAGAUUAGUUUGGUAGAGAAAGCUUUUCCUAAACCGAUAUAAUUUUUUUUAAGAAACUUACUUAGGUGCAUCCAUUUUUGUGCAUAUCAUUUAAUCUUAUUCAAUCAUAAUUUAGUUCUGUGUUAAA